CUAUCUUUUUCCGUUACACAGUGGCAGAGAUUGACAAACUGGGCUGUGUUAUAAUUAUAUAUUAGAUUGGUAUCACCAUAAAUAGGAGAUAAAAUAAAAAAUAAAUCAUAUAAAUAUAUAUAUAUAAUUAUAUCAAAGGAUUACAUACACUAUUUUAAAAGGAUAAAAUGCCUGUCGGAGGUGAGAAAAGCAGUAACUUUGAUGAUAUAAACAAGAUUGAGAAAGCGGAGGAUGGAGAAGACUGGAAAGUUGGGUACUCGAACUCUGGUUACCAGAAUGAGAAACCACCCCUGGCAUCAACAUCGAGUGCGAAUCCUAGCGAGCAAAGUAGUGAACAUAGUGAUCAACCACCGCCGUAUGAGGAAUCUGCUAUAGUACCAGCUGUUAGUGAGAAAGAUAACGAGAUCGAGGUGAUUGAAGAUGACGAGAAAAUACUAAAUAUGCUCCGUGAAAUUGUAAGGAAAUGCACGCUUGCCAAUCCAAUGAAAAGACCGACGGCAAAAGAAGUCUUGAAAAUGAUAGAAGAAGUUGCACCGUCGGAACUACUUUCGGAAAAGUUCAACAUUUCCGACGACGAGGACGACAUUGAGGAUAGCGCAGAAAAGAAACUUAAAUAGUUUUGAUUACUUUGUUUUCUUUCCGUUACUAUUUUAGCUUUUAAGUUAUGAAUAUAUAAUUUCUUCAAUUAUUUGUGUCCCUUAAUUGUUUUAUUUGCCUAUAGUUUGUCCAGCUUUAUUUUAUCAUGUCAUGUUUUCUACAGGUUUUGUAAUUCUCACACAUUUUCGUCAUUUAACGUGUCUAAUAUAUGAUUGAUUUAAACAUAUUUUAUUGGCAAAAGAAAAAGAAAAAAGACAGAUGUACACACAAGUAAAGAUUGUUACACUAUAUACAAUGGUAUAACAUAUUUGGCAUAUAUCUAAUAUAUAAAUGAGUAUGUAAUGACUUUCUCCUUUACAGUCUCCAAAGACACGUACGCUUGUUUAGUUUUAAUUAAACUCUCUUUGUAAAGCGAUGAGGAAAGACAUGUUUUCAUGAAUAACCGAAGUGCCUUAAAUUUGGAACAUAAGGUAGGGAGGGGAGGGGUGUGGGCGAGAAACUUACAUGUCAAUUCGUUGUCACCGAUGAACGUAAAACGAAAGCCUGAUAUUUUGUAGACGAUCAUAACGCUUUAAGUUGAUCUAGAUAUUUAUUAUCCGACAUCCAGACUAUGAAAUGCUAAUUAAGCGGUGUAUAUACCUUGUCAAACCUAUUUUAGUAUCGUUUGGUGUUGUGAUUAUUGUUUUGAAAUAUACGUUUAUGUUUUCUAUGAGACAUCUAAUGAAAUAAUAGUUUAUCACGUGAUGCCUGAACGUAAUAAUUUCACCAGUUUUUGUGCUAGUUACUCAAUGAAAUACAAUUUUUGAUACUCCAUGGCACUGCAGGCAGUAACAUACAUGUAGUCUUUCAGGCAAUAUCUUUAAAUAUGUAAACAAAAUGUGUAGAACUAAUUAGCUUAAUUUGUUUUUGUUGCAGCAUGUAAUGGGAUAGGAUUAGUAAGUUUAUUUUGGCGAAUUAAAAGAGCUUUGAAGUCCUAGAGAGAAACCAAUAUUACCAAGUGUAGUUGUUAUGUAUAAAUACGAGGUUAAUUUGGUAUUAAUUGGUAUCAUUAGAAUACCAUUAGUUCAUCAAGUUUCAUAUUCCCUAAUGGACUAUAUAAUGAAUUAUUGAAAUUAUCACAAAGAAAAUGUCACACAGAACAUAGUUUCCACUUUUUUUUAUCAUAUUUGCUGCUGCUUUGUUGCUUGGUUCGACCACCUUUAUACACAUUUAAUUUUUUUAUUCCUAUGUUGUACAACGUGUUCCUUGCUUUAAGAUUAAAUACAGUAAUCAGCUUUGAUGAUAAAUUGAAGAAUGGUCACUGAAACGAAAUAGAAAAGUUACCUAAACCUAAUAUUUUUAGUAUAGUUACAUGUUCGAUGCAUUUUUCGGUUGAACAAACUAAAACUGGAAUCGUGAAAUUGUGUCCUUGUAAUUAAGAUUAUUUCUUAAUCAACCUCCAAAUAUGUCUAUAGUAAUCAUAGAUUAUGAAAUCUUUGUAAUAUGAAUAAAACAUUAAAUGAACAAGAAAAAUGUAUUAAAGUUAUUGUGUGUCGAUUAGGAGGAAAGUGUGAAACUGUAAAGUCCAUUGAUGUUUAAUUAUUAUGUCGUGUUUAAUUUAUAUAAUCAAGUAUGCUCACGGUAUUUUACUUCAACAUUUUUCUUUUCAAAGAAAUUGAAUUACUAAUUAAAAUAAUUUUGUCUUCAACUAUAAAUGCUCUAUAUAGUUUUUACAUGUAAAGCUUUUCUAGCAUAACUUUUUGUCUAAUUCAACAACUGUAGACGAGAUUUCAAUUAUUUGUUUUCAUGGUUUAUUUUGAUCAGUUCUUUUUCAUCAUUUUCUUGUAUACUGUAUAUAUAACAGUUAUAAAGACUUUAUUUGGUUUUACCAUCUGUUAAUUAUACAUAUCAAUUUCCUCACUGACUGGAAUGUCACAAUUACCUACAUGUACAUGUUCCUGUUACUAAUUGAAAUUAUAAGAAUAUCUUUAAAAGUAAAAUUUAAUAAGUUGACGUUUAUUUUCCAUUAAUUUCAAUUAUAAGAGGUCUACGUUUGUGAGUACAUUUUGUUAUAAAUUGUGUAAUAAACAACAUUAAGUGCCUUCUAACAAAACUGACAUCCGUGCUUUAAUCACUUUCCACAUUGAAUAAGAACAGGUACAGCUGUAUUUUAUUUAGUAAAAGCAAAAUUAUGAUGUUAUCAUGUAAUCAUCUUUAUGUUUCUUUAUUUGUUCAAAUUUCUUUUCAUUUAUUUAUCAAUGUUAUCUCUUAAAAGUUAAUUAGUUAUAAAGAUAAAAAUUAAACAAAA